UUACAUAACUUCUAUUUUACGUUUUAAACUGCUAUAAAUUAGUUACAUACUUAUUUAAUUUAUUCAGUCUUAUUUGUACAGUAUAAUGAUGUAAAGAUUCUAGCGAUUUAUCCAUAAUUAGUUUAGAUACUUCAAUAGUCAUCCGUGAAAAAGCUUUGAGACUCAAUAAUAGUUUUUUUCAACACUUCUCUAACAAGCGUUAUGUUUCAAGAAAAUGUCAGCUGUAGCAAGGAUUGACAUCACUCAGCCAUUAUGGGACCAGAGCACCUUUUAUGGGAGAUUCCGGCAUUUUGCAUUUAUUUCCAACCCCCUACUGUCACUUGUGCCUGAAAAGGAACUACAUGAAGCCAAGGAUUUAUAUAUAAAGUAUAAAACAGGCCAAGAGCCCAAAGGCACCACCAUAGAAGAGGUGGUCCGAGCUAAACAGCUAUACGAGUCAGCUUUCCACCCUGACAGCGGUGAACUGCAGAAUGUCUUCGGGCGGAUGUCCUUCCAGAUGCCAGGAGGGUGCCUCAUCACUGGAGCUAUGCUGCAGUGGUAUAGAACAGCAACAGCAGUGGUCUUCUGGCAGUGGGUCAACCAGUCGUUCAACGCGUUGGUGAACUACACCAACCGUAACGCCAACUCGCCGUUGACGACGACACAAAUGGGCGUGGCUUACGUGUCGGCCACGUCUGCGGCUAUGGCCACCGCGCUCACGUUCAAAUUUGUGGUCCAGAAGCGGGCUAAAAACCCUAUAUUAGCGCGUUUCGUGCCGUUCGUAGCAGUGGCAGCAGCCAACUGGGUGAACAUUCCUUUGAUGAGGCAGAACGAGAUUUUGCUCGGACUUGACGUGACAGAUGAAAACGGCAAGAUCAUUGGCAAGUCGCAGCUGGCUCCGGUGAAAGGAAUAUCACAAGUUGUGACGUCGAGGAUAGUGAUGUGUGCUCCGGGCAUGCUUCUCCUACCCGUCAUCAUGGAGCGUUUAGAACCUAAACCUUGGAUGCAACGCAUUCGCUGGGCGCACAUCGGCAUACAGACCGCUAUUGUGGGCAUGUUCUUAACCUUCAUGGUGCCUACUGCCUGCGCGAUAUUCCCACAAAGAUGUAAAAUAUCCAUCGAUACAAUCCAGCGUUUCGAAAAAGAUAGGUACGAGGAAAUUGUGAAAAACACCGACGGAAAACCACCGCAGUAUGUAUACUUCAACAAGGGAUUGUAAAUAAGUGAAAGUAUUGUAUUAUGUUAAAAUGUAGGCUAGAUUAUACUAGAAUGGUUAGAGUUGCCAGUAAAAAAAAUCGGUAAUGGCAAUUCUGCGAGUACUUAUGGGGUUGAUUCUGAGAGUAUUCUCUCAAACUCAAAUUCUGAUGUUUUUCUCUUUAGUGAAUCUAAAUACAAAAUACUGUCAAACGUUGAUAUCAUGAGACUGAAAUACUUAUACAAAAUUAUCUCGUUCAUCAAAGGAAGAAUCAACUGUAUCAGGUACCGAAAGAUAAAACAUACUGAAUAUAAAAUUAUGUCUCUUGGAUUCCGAAUUUCCGAGCCUAAAUUGUGAACUAAAAUGUGAAUAGAAAAAGUUGAAUCGUUAAUUAAUACUAAAUACCGUUACCGAUAUAUCACUUUUUACAACUGGCAACUCUGUAGAUUGUCGUCGGGAAAAUAUCGCGCGCGAGUUGAAUGCAGAACGCCAGAAAAAAAAAACAAAAAACAUUUAACUAGCGCGUGAAUUAUUAAGGAAAAUGAAUUGAUAGUAAUUUAGUUGAUAAGAUUUAGUAAAGAAGUCAAUUGUUCAAUUAUGCUAAUAGGCGUUUUGCUUUAGACGGCUGAAGUGUACGGAAAUUGUAUCAAAAAAAAUUCAAACGUCUACUACACAUUAUACUAUGCUUUUGUGCUUGCUAAGGCAUUCUAAGCCGUCCAGCCAGUGUUAACGAUAACGUUACCGUUAUAGAGUCGUCUUGGGGGAAAACGCCUAACGUUUUUGUUCACGCAAUGUUAUUAAAAUGUGCUAAACAUAAAUGGGCACACUUUUUUCGUUAGGGGCCCAAAAAUUUGCUGCAAUAAAUUCCUACAAGUGAACUUAGCCCAGAAAACCUACUUUAUUGAAUAGUCCGCGCUAAUAAAAAGGUAUUUUUUUAAACAUUGACAUCGAACUGUCCAUGUAUCUUGUAGUUUGAGUAAACCUCUUUUUUACCCGACCACGCCAGAAGGAGCGUUAUGUUUUUUUAUAAAGUACGGUAUGAGGAUACUGGGACAGUUCGAUCUUUCUGUCAUACUUUAUUUACAGAAUUGCUGAUUUCUAUUAGCGUGGACUAUACCAUUUUUGCUCACUUUUGUGAUAAGGGCAAAGUUUCACGCAAUUUUUAAGUUACUUAAUAAUCAUUCGUUGAUGCUUAAGAAUAAUAUUGUUUUUUAUAUUGAUCAUUUUACGUUAUAUUUUAUAAUUCUAUCGAAUAAUUAGGUACAUUAAAUUUAAGUAUACUUUAUCUCGUUUAUUGAAAGUAUGAUAAUUUUAUAUUUUUUAUUUCAUUUACAAUGUCGAAUUAUUAUCGGAUCUGGUUUUUUAUCUUAUUUUAAAUAAUGUUUAUGUAUGUAAUCAAAUAAUCACAUUCCAAAUUCUUUACUAAGUCUUGUGAGUGUUUUUAUAUAUUCCGUUUAUAUUAUUCUGAUGGGUGUGAAACCGAAUUGAAAUCUAGUCUAGUGGCUAUUUAUGUAUUUUCAAUAUUUUUAUUUUAUUUUGUGCCAUUUAUCAAGCGUGUUUUUAUUUUAUGAAUCUUAAACACCGUACAAAUAUUUUGUUUAUUUAUUUGGCUUUUAAUUCAAGUAUUUUCUUGUGAUUUUUGAAGAUUAGUUUAAAGGUUUUAAUGUGCUGUGCAUUUCUUAUUUUGUAUUUAUAUGUAUCUUAAAACAAUGCCAUUUGGGCGCACAGUAGUGUCGCGGCAAGUUCUUAAAAAAUGAAACUGCGUCUGUUGGCUUUAGCUUAACUUUUUUUUGCUUGUUAAAUAAUACCGUUAUCUGUGAUGGUUAUAAGACAUUUUACUGUUUGUGUGACUGAUUGUUAAUGUUUUGUUGCACAAUGAGACAAUAAAUCAUAGAUCAUAA